GACUGCGACGACGACGACGACAUUCUCGACAUCUGCCUCUUCCUUCGUUCUUCGUUCUUCGGGCUGAACGAUAGGAACGAGACAUACUAUUCAUCUGAACCUGCUUCGGGGUGCAUUAAUCUUACUCAAGGGCGGGUGCCACAGCGUCUACCGUAACUACGGUUUUGGCCUUCAUACACAACAAUCAGUGCUUUUCGAGGCGAUUAAACCUACCUAAAAUCAUCGUACAUGCACUCUGGAUACCGUACCGCCAAUCAAGACACGUUCUGAGCACUCGACGACCGGUCUCAUUCACCUAUUCGCCUUCGACGAGAGACAUCAUAACUCUGCGGGAUCUCUUUUCUAGGGUCUGGGGUGCGAGAUAUGACUAUUACUCACCGGAAACGACAGCAUCAACCGGAGGAAAUUCAAACCGUUAACGAACCCGGUGUACAAAUACACUGCGACGCAUGUCGAUGCGACCUCACCCAUUCCAUUCGAAUAAAAUGUGCAGAUCCUGUGUGCGAAUCAUUAGAAGAUGGCGUGGAUAUAUGUCCAGCAUGUUUCUGUGCUGGAAAAGAAUUCAGCCAGCAUAAGAGAGACCACGCUUAUCGUGUAGUGGAACUACACUCAUACCCUAUAUUUGUCGAAGACUGGGGGGCGGAUGAGGAACUGCUCCUGCUGCAUGGUAUAUCAUUGCAGGGACUAGGAAACUGGCAAGCCAUUGCCGAGCAUGUUGGUACACGAACAAAAGAGGAGGUCGAGCAACAUUACAAAGCUGUGUAUAUCGAUUCUCCCAAUUGGCCGAUGCCGCACAUGGAUCGCGAGUUCGGUAUUGACCCUGCGGAGUUUCACGAACGCAAACGUCGCCGUAUAUGUGCUAUGAAUACCAAUCCUCCGCCAGCACCGAAAGUUGCGCCAACAUCUGCUCCCGGCGUACACGAAGUUGCCACAUUCCUUCCGGGACGAUUAGAGUUUGAACACGAGCUUGAUAACGAAGCUGAAGACUUUGUCAAAGAUCUAGAGUUUGGCGUCGUUCUUCAAUGGGGUGGCGACGAACUCCCAGAAGAUGAGAAUGACCCGGAAGUGAAGGCUCGAUUACGGUGGGAAGAAGAGAGCAAGAUGCGGGAAGCUCACCCUGGGAAGAGACUUCCGAACGGCUUCAUGAAUGGUUUACCCAAUGGCUACCAUAUUAAUGGUGACACGCCGAAGCGAGAAGUCAAACCACCGACUGUCGAUGAUAAGACGGACGAUGCGAACGAGGAGGGGGCAGCUGAGGAAGAGCCAAUACAACCACCACCGUUUGAAACGGAUGAUUCGUUAACGUUCAAGCUCACUUUGUUGCAAAUGUAUCGCCAGCGAGUAGAGAAGCGGGAGGAGAACAAGCAGCUGAUGUUUGAGAGAGGUCUUCUAAAUUAUAAACAGAUGCAAGCUGCGGAUAAGAAGCGUCCCAGAGAGGAAAAAGACGUUGUAGUGCGGUUGCGUCCAUUUGCAAAACUCCAAACCGGAGAGGACUUUGAGCAUUUUGUGGCAGAUAUUCUAUAUGAACAAGUACUUCGCAAACGAAUACAAGAGCUUCAACACUACCGACAAAUGGGUUUAACAUCGGCAGCAGAUAUAGAAAAAUACGAGGCGGACCUGGUCAAAAGGCAACAAGUCAAAGCGAAUCUUUCCAGAGACUACUAUUCUGGAGCCGAUCGAUCGUCUCUACGUGUCAGUGGUGGUCGACAAUCCAUUGGUCCAGAUGGCCGGCGUGACGACGGUCGGCGGAGUCAUGAACGUGAGCUCACGCCAAAAGUGGGCGGUUCGGUCUCCAGUGCGUCCGGUAUGGGUCCGCCAGGUCGCAAAAUGCCCGCUCCUCUCAAUCUGGCGAACAGUCCAUCAUUGCAUCUUCUUACGCCGGAGGAACAGACCCUCUGCUCGACAUUACGAAUUUUGCCCAAGCCGUAUCUCGUGGUUAAGGAGACCCUGGUUCGAGAAUACUCCAGGCGUGGUGGAAAGCUUCGUCGUCGAGAAGCUCGCGAUCUGGUCAAGAUCGAUGUCAACAAGACGAGUCGCGUUUGGGACUUUCUUGUACAAACUGGAGCGUUCAAGGUCGGUUUUACCGACCCGAAUCAAGCUCAGAAUCAGUCAAAUCAGGAUGCUGCCCGACAAGUUUCCGCUACUCCUUCGCUUAGUGCAUCCCCAAGCAAAGAUUCUCAUGUCCGCAAUUCUCCCAAACCUCCGUUCACAAACGCCCCGCUCCUCCCCAAUCUAUCCGCACCAGCUCUCACACCCUCAACCUCGCUAUCAACAGUACCGAAUACGUUGAGCAAUCCUUGGCAGCCUGGCUAAGAUUGUUCCCUGUGUUACUGUUUCACCCGCUCCAUGUUUGUUGUAGUUGUAUCAUCGCAUGGACAUCCAUCACGCACUCAUCAUAUAUCCUGCAUAGUCUUUACAUAUACUGUAUUGUAUUAUACACGCCUACGGCGCCAUCGUUAGCUAUCGUGCACUUCAGCUGUCCAUUGUUCGUCUUACGCUAAAUCUAGGCAGGAGUUGCUGUGCUUACUGGACCUGUAAGAAGGUCCUUGAUGAUUUGAAUAUCGAUUGGGACGUUUGCGCGAUGCAAGUAGUCAUCGUUCC